AUGAACAAUUUGUGCUGUGUUUAUAUGAUUGUGCAGUUCUUGUGCUGCGUUGAGAAGAUUUUUUCAAAUGAUUCUGGUGGUACUCUCUGUGUCCUCAGAAAGAGAAAUAUCACAUCGAUGUCUCAGUGUAGAGAUAAAGUGUAUUUACAGUUGAAGAAUCUAAAGAUUCAGAAACUGUAUACUCAACUCAAUAACAGGAACAUUUUCCUUUUUGUGAUAUGUUAUGGGAAAUCUUUCCCCUUGUGGAGACAACUUUCAUUGCAGAAGAUACGCAGCGAAGGGAGUUUUGAUUUACCAUGUACGGAGGCCAAAAAGACUGUAAAUAGGAAUCUAAAUCGAUAUAGAGAUGUUCUUCCAUACGACCACACCAGAAUAAAACUAAGUGGAACCAAUACAAAUUAUAUUAAUGCAUCACUUGUUCAGGUGGAAUCUGUUGGCCGGUCAUAUAUCCUAACACAAGGGCCCUUAGCACAAACUACACCACACUUCUGGCGCAUGGUAUGGCAGGACAAGGUCAAAGGAAUUAUUAUGCUCAACAAAAUAAUAGAAAAGAAUCAGAUAAAAUGUCACCAGUACUGGCCUCUUGGUGAAAGUGAUGGAGGUGAAGAUGUAAUGAUGAUCACGCCAGUUGGGCUCAAGGUAGAGCUAAUCAGUGUCAGUCGGCACUCACAUUACAACUACAGCACCCUCAGAUUAGUGGACAUGAACUCAGGUGACAGCCAGCUAAUCCUCCAUUUCCACUACACAACCUGGCCUGACUUCAGUGUUCCUCAGUCUCCCGAGGCUUUCUACAAGUUCCUAAGUGUCGUCAGAGCGAGUGGUGUCUUAGAACCUGAUGUGGGACCAGCUGUGGUCCACUGCUCGGCUGGCAUUGGGCGAUCAGGAACCUUCUGUCUGGUGGAUAGUGUCCUUAUGAUG